UGUCAACUAUUUUGAGCUCUCAGCCUCUCCCUCACUCACUGUCUCUCUUCCACUCAAAAGCCCCUCUAAAGCCGACCUUUUCAUUCCCCCUGUCUGCCACGAAAAGCCCCACCCGCCCGCAACAGUUCUACCUUAACUCCAUUCCUUCUCCCGGCUCCGCCAAGUCACAUCUCAGGCCCCUUCCCGGCGGCUGUGCAGCCACCCAUACUCCCCCCUCCGCCAAGUAUUAAAUGGGCUGACCUCAUUCAUCGACUCCUCUGCACGCCCACUACCGUACCACAUUCCCCUUCGCCAGAGACAGAGCAAGAGAGACCAGAUUCUCCGGCGAAGAAGAUGAUAACGUGGACGGACCUCUACCACGUGCUGACGGCGGUGGUGCCGCUGUACGUGGCCAUGAUACUGGCCUACGGGUCCGUGAAGUGGUGGAAGAUCUUCAGCCCGGACCAGUGCUCAGGAAUCAACCGGUUCGUGGCCCUCUUCGCCGUCCCUCUCCUCUCCUUCCACUUCAUCUCCACCAACAACCCCUACGCCAUGAACUACCGCUUCAUCGCAGCCGACACCCUCCAGAAGCUCAUCGUCCUCGCCGUGCUCGUCGUGUGGUCUCGCGUGAGCUCCCGCGGCUGCCUCGAGUGGUCCAUCACCUUCUUCUCCCUCUCCACCCUCCCCAACACUCUCGUCAUGGGCAUCCCCCUACUGAAAGGGAUGUACGGCGCCGACUCCGGCAGCCUCAUGGUCCAGAUCGUCGUCCUCCAGUGCAUUAUCUGGUACACCCUGAUGCUGUUCCUGUUCGAGUACAGAGGCGCGAGGCUGCUCAUCGUCGAACAGUUCCCGGACACCGCCGGGUCCAUCAUCUCCUUCAGGGUUGACUCCGACAUCGUCUCCCUCGACGGGAAGGAACCGCUCCAGACCGAGGCCGAGAUCGGGGAGGACGGGAAGCUCCACGUCACUGUCAGGAAGUCCACCAGCUCCCGCUCGGAGAUUUUCUCUCGGCGAUCCCAAGGACCCCACUCCGGCGUUUCCCUCACCCCUCGCCCCUCCAAUCUCACCAAUGCCGAGAUUUACUCGCUCCAGUCGUCGAGGAACCCGACCCCAAGAGGCUCCAGCUUCAACCACACCGACUUCUACUCCAUGGUCAACGGUAGGAACAUGACCAAUGUGAGCCCGCGGCACUCCAAUUUCGGGAACUUAAACUUCGACGAGGAAAGCGGGGCCAAUGGGGUCUACGGGAACAUGAAAGCCAACGGGGCCUACCCUGCCCCCCCGAGCGCUGGCAUAUUCUCCCCCGUUGCGAAGAGGAAGACCGAGAACGGCAAGGACCUCCACAUGUUCGUGUGGAGCUCCAGCGCCUCGCCGGUGUCGGAGGGCGGGAUUCACGUGUUCCGUGGAGGUGCUGACUAUGGUAAUGAGCUUGGCGGCGGUGGUGGUGGGGGUGGUGGGGCUGCUCACCAAAAAGAUUAUGAUGAGUUUGGUCGGGAUGAGUUCAGCUUUGCUAACCGGCAGGCCCCAAAUGGAGUUGACAGGCAAGGGCCCGUUCUCUCAAAACUCGGCUCCAGCUCCACAGCCGAGCUCAAUCCCAAGACUGCAGUAGAUGGUGAAUCAAAGCCCACAGCUAUGCCACCUGCAAGCGUUAUGACACGGCUCAUUCUCAUAAUGGUCUGGCGCAAGCUCAUUCGGAAUCCCAACACAUACUCGAGCCUCAUUGGCCUGACCUGGUCGUUGGUCUCAUUCAAGUGGAAUGUGGAGAUGCCUGCGAUAAUUGCCAAAUCGAUCGCUAUUCUAUCUGAUGCUGGUCUGGGGAUGGCCAUGUUCAGUCUUGGUCUCUUCAUGGCACUACAGCCACGGAUUAUUGCCUGUGGGAACUCGAUAGCUGCCUUUGCCAUGGGCGUGAGAUUCUUCGUUGGCCCUUUAGUCAUGGCUGCUUCCUCUAUUGCUGUCGGCCUCCGAGGAGUUCUCCUCCAUAUCGCUAUUGUGCAGGCUGCUCUUCCUCAAGGGAUAGUCCCCUUUGUCUUUGCCAAGGAAUACAAUGUCCAUCCCGAUAUUCUGAGCACCGGGGUAAUAUUCGGGAUGCUGAUAGCACUGCCUAUUACGCUGGUUUACUACAUCUUGUUGGGACUGUGAAGCUGAAGGAAAGUGAAGGGAAAGGAAACUGCUCACCAUUUGGUUUAUAACUCAUUUUGGAUGGUUCUUUUCUCUUUUCGGGCUUUGCUUUCUAACCGAACCAACAGACUGAAGUAGGAUCUCAUACCGGAGCCGAGAGGGAACAUAGGAGGACUCGGAUUAUAUGGGGGUCGGACUGGAAGAAGUAUCACUGCUGCUUAGCUUAGGUCGAAGAGGUUUUUGACUUUGUUUUUUGGCCUUCCACUGAACAAUCUGCAGUCUCUUUGCUUUUGUUUAUUCCAUGAGAAGUAAAGCUCUGAUGCUUCUGUUCUGUGCUAGUAGAAAUAGAACAAAAGAGAAUAGAUCUCGAAUCGGGAAAUCUCUA